GAAGGCUACAUCGGUAUCCGUGCGCUUGCGGAUUUUUCUAUUUGCGUUUAAAAUACCCAACAUUAUCGCAGGAUGAAGGAGGAGUAUGUGAAGAGCAAAAUUGCUCGAGGCGCCGCGGAGGAGGCCGGGAAGAAGGCCCGUGAGGACCUCGAGGCAGAGCGAAUCCGUUCUCGCAGUCUCUCUGACGACGUUGACCGUCUGAAGAAAAUGCUGCUAGAGAAGGAGGGAACUAUCUUACAGGUGGGUAAGAUGAUCGAGGACCUGCCGGUCGAAAAUACAGAUCUGGCUCGUUCCUAUAAGGAGAUCGAGAGGGCUAACACCGACUUAGUUGGUGAGAACACAGCUCUCGAAGAAAGGAUUCGUGGGCUUAAGGAUGAUCUGCUGGCCGCCUAGGUCGACGCCCACUGCACUAAGGCUCAGCUCGAGGGGGAGGUCGCUCUAACCAGUCGACUAAGUAUUGCGAUAAAUGACCUCUCGACCACCUGGGAGCUCGAGCCUGCAGAUGAGUCGAGGGAGGCGGCUCGAUGCGAUGCACUGGUCAAACAGUUGUGUUACUUAGGUGCCACACUGAGGGAUCGAGUGCGGGACGCCCUUCAUACCGGGGUGAAGCGGGCGAUGGCGGUCGUCUUCUUAGGCUUCUCCUACGACAUGGAGGUGGUGUCCCACGGCUUCAUCACCGAUAUCUCUAAGAGUGAUGCUGAGAACGAGGAGAGGCUUCAUGCCUUGAUCGCGUAUGCAGAAUCUCCAGGAGAAAGACUAGCGAAGCGGUUCGAGCCGGAAGUGCUGCCUCCCGAGACCAACGCAGGCACGGAAGACUAGGGGUAUCAGGGAAAACUUGAGGGCCUGCGUGCCUAAUUAGGGUGUCUAGACCCGUUGUAGUGUAUUUGUCUUGGUAAAACGCUAUGUCCCGAGUGGCCUUAAGA